AUGUCAAAACCGUUUCGGCGUAUCGCGCGCACGGAAAUCCCGUUGCACGCCGCCGCGGGGCGUUCCGUUCGCGGUCCGUCGAGUGCGGUGACAACGGAUUUUUUUUUUUUUGCGAAUUCCCGCGGCAAAACGAUUUUUCCCCCGCGCCGUUACGGGGCGCCGUCCAAAGUCUCGUGUGCACGUCCGGAAACGCCGCACCGACGCGUCCGGAGAAACGUAUCGCAUCCCUGUGAGUCGAGUACGCCGCCGGAGUCCGACAGUUCAGUGGAAACGCGGCCGUUUCGCGUUCCGUUGCGUUUGUGUAGCCUGACCGCGCGCGACCGCCGCGGACGUGAAAGCAACGCCCUGUACACCGUUCGCAUAAAUUCCCGAGCGAACGGAUCGCGGUAUUCGGAUUAACAUAAUGUAAAAUAUUUACUCGGCAAUUAGAACGCGCGGCGACGGAUACGAUCGAAAUCGCCUCUAUAACCUCUAUAAUAAUAAAUUAGGUGUUGCAGUCUUUGAGAUUAGCCGUCACCUCCGCGGCGGCUAAUGGAAUCGUUUCCGUUUAAAUUAUUCGCCCGUUGUUUGUGUUGAUCGUCGUUACGCGAGGACCGUACGGUGUUUGGAUUACCCGUCUAAUUUUAGUGUAAUAAUAUUAUAAUAUCGACCGUGCGUCAAUACACUAAGGUUGAAGAUUUCCACAGGGUUCGAUAAAAAAUCAAAAAAAAAAAAAAAAAAAAAAUUACAAAUAUUAGGUCGUUGCGGAUUUCUUCGUUUUUGAUUUGGUUUUUUUUUUCUCUCUCUAAACAAAUUGAAUCCAUGUAUUUUUUACAUUGUUUUUGUAUGCAAAACGAUUUGAUGUACGCAUCGAAAGUCACGGUUUAAAAUCUUCGACGGAAAUAAAUCGGAACUCAAUUUUCUCGACGGGUUAUCUAUAUACGGUGCAUGAAAAACAUUUAGCUUUUCUUUUCUCUUUCGAAUUGUGGGUCCGAUAUUUUUUCACAGAGAACUCGCGAACAAAAACUGGAGACUCGAGAGAAUACUAAAUUAUUCUCCCGAUGUAAUCCGCCAACGUGAAAUCCGCCUCCAUAAAAAUAAUAUUUUUUCUAUUUGUAUACUUUGGGACUAUUUCCAAUUCAAAAAGUAAAAAUAAUAUACGAAAUCGUUUAUUUUGAAUAUAUUUCGUCCACUCCCCGGCGACAACGAGUUCGUAUUAUAUUAAGUGGCCCGCCCUGCAGAUUUCAGCGAGUUCUUUUGCUUCCUAGAUACAAACGAUAUAACCGUAUGAUACCUACAUAAAAUAAUAAUUUUCGAUUUGCAUUUGUUUACAGUGCGAAACGGAUACUCUUGUGUGCCGGUAGCUUUGGCAGAAGGUCUGGACAUAAAAUUAAACACCGCCAUUAAACAAAUAACUUACGGAACGAACGGUGUCGAAGUUACCACUUCCAAUCCGCGAUCGAAUGCGGCCGGACCCGUUUACAAAGGUAAGUACUGCAAUUAUAAUUUUCCUAAUGUCUCUGAUUUGAAAGUAUAAUUUGAUAUUUGAUAACAAUAUGCACGCACUACUAAUCUUCUUCGGCGGGCAAAUAAUCGGUCUCUAGGACCAUCCCGGAAAACCUCCGGUUAUCUGAUUUUCGCGCUUUCCAAUCCAAACUUCCUCCUAAUCCAUCCGCAACUCUUGAAUACGUCUCGCCGUUCCUAUUGCUCGGUCUUCCAAGGAGAAGACUUCCCUAUAUCGGGUUCCUUUUCGUUGUUGUUCGUGGUAAACGGACUUUGACUUAUCUAGGACCAUUGUAUAAUAUCUUAUAGGUUUCAUAUAAUAAUGUACAUGAGUUCAAAUAGUAUUCAAGUUACGGUUUUCUUUUAGCAAUUACGCGCGUACAUGUUUUUCAAAAAAAAAAAAAAAAAAAACGAUACAACGGAUUUUAUGGGAAACCCCUAUACUAAAAUAUUUUUAUCGGCACGUUUAGCCAAAAUAAUUAUAAAACGAAUUAAAAUCACUGAUUGAUAUUUGGACGUGGCGCGUAUUGUUCUUCGAUUUGAAUUUGAAUUUCAAAUUAAAACCAUCAUGAUCGAGAGUUCCGAGACCGAACAAAAACAAACAACGGAUUUUCAAUAUGCUGCCGUAUUAAUUUAUUUUCGGAUGAGCACUGGGGGAUAUAUGAAUAAAAAAAAAAUAAAAAAAAUCGCCAAAUUAUCAAUCCUCAUACGUUUGUUUGCUAUACACCGUGAUGUGGUCAAAUACAUUUCGUCAGCCGUUUAUUGUUUGUAAUUCAUUUAAUUUCCUUUCUCUCUCUCUCUCUCUCUCUCUCUCUUUUUUUUUUUUUUUUUGCCUUUGCCUCAAUCGAAUUCACAUUGUUCGCCCCGUAAACGCGCUCGUUAAUCAUCCGCGACACAAAGCGCCUCCGCCAUCAUCAUCGAAUACUCUACGCGCACUAGUGGUCCGAGGUUUACAUUAAAAGGGGUGUAAGUGAAUGUGUUUUAAUUUAAAAAAAUAAAGGUUUCAAUUAAAUUAAAUAUAUUAUAUAAUAAAAACGCAUUAAUCGCGCAUCAUUCAUUUUACUUUUGCACCGCGCUGCCGGUAAAAUGACACGUUUUAAUAUUAUUCCAUUAUUAAUAAUUGUCGAUCGGUAGCAUCAUAAUUAAAUUAUUUUUACCGAAAACCGCUUAAUAUUAACGAUAAACUACAAAGGGAAACAAUACAUGUUAUCGUAGUGUACCCGUAUAUAUAUAUAUAUACGUGUAUAUUUUUAUCGUUUUACAAAAUAUAACACACAAUUUCGAUUAGAUACGGAUCUGAUACUGCUGGUUGGUGUACCACUAUUUGCGGGUGGGAAAUCGGAAAGGUAUGGGAUGAAUUAAGUUAUUUUUUUACUAUAUAUGUACGCAAAAAGAACCAUCGCUAACGAAAUUCGAUUCUGACCGAAGUUCGGUUAAAUUUACGUAGUUUUUAUCGUUUUCGUCAACGUUCGAUCUCUAAAACGUUUAUUAGAAAUAAACUACCGCAUUACGCUCGACUUUUUUAUAUUAAAAAUGUUUAUUAUGUAUUUUUUUUUUUAUCCGUCGCAUUAUUUUAUUUUUCUAGGCGAUGUGGUGCUUUGCACAUUGCCGUUGGGCGUACUCAAGCAAUCCACCAACAAGAAGACUCGAUCGUUGCCGAACACCGUGCAGUUUUCGCCAUCGUUGCCCGACUGGAAAGUGGCCGCCAUCGAACGUCUGGGCUUCGGAAACCUCAACAAAGUGGUCUUGUGCUUCGACCGGAUAUUUUGGGAUCCGAACGGUAACCUAUUCGGACACAUCGGCAGCACCACCGCGAGUCGUGGGGAACUGUUCUUGUUUUGGAAUCUCUACCGGGCUCCUGUAUUGCUGGCCCUGGUCGCCGGCGAAGCGGCCAGCAUCAUGGAAGAAGUGUCAGACGAUAUAAUUAUCGCCAGGUGCAUGUUGGUACUAAGAGGGAUAUUCGGCAACGCUAACGUUCCGGACGUGAGUAUAUAAACGUUUACCUAUUAAAAUUCGAAAACACCGAGUAAUUAAACAUUUGUUUGCGGUCACAAAUAAAGUUAAUAAUAAUAUAACAUAAAUGUCGACUAGCAGAUAGAGUAAUACGGAUACAGUCUAAUAAAAAUUCUAUCAAACGUUUGCGCUACUAGUACACGCUACGGAUAGCGCAAGACAAAUUUGAAAUUUGAUUAGUACCAAAAAUAAUUUCCAACAAACAACGUUGAACGUUAUCUAACUAUCGAACAAACGUUUUAGAACGUAUAGAAUGUCGACUGUUAAGUAAUGGACUUGUCAAAUACGCGGUACAGUAGACAACUGAGUAUUUAAUAAUUGUACCUACUGUGGUUUGAAUUUGAAAAAGUGAUACAAAGAAGUAUUUUUCGGAAAUUUAACAUUAAAUUAAUUUACUCAUCUGUAGCGGGAGUGUAUACAGAGAGUCUUAUUACAGUGGGCAGAUACGCGGCGAUGACCUCCUCCUCAGACAUUUUGUUUUCAAAAACUGUACUUGAAUUAUAUAGGUACCCCGGGCCAGGGAGUGUCCAUUUGGUGUGAACGUGAAAAAAUAUGAGUGCAUACUGCGUAUAUAUAUAUUAUUAAAAAAAGCGGCGAACCCCUCUCCAACUUUGUUUACAGUCAGGGUAUUCUAAGUACCUGUAGGACAUCGGUUCACCCCCUUAAAUGAGCGUCACAUCAUCUGACACAGAGUAGAUGUACGUGUACCUGUUUUUUAGUAAAAUAUCUCUCUCUCCAUACAUAUAUAUAUUUAUAAAUUAAUAUUUGAACGUGUCAAGGUGCGGCGGCAUUAUAUUUUAUAAUCGAAAUCGUUAAAUAUCGAAAUAAUAUUUUAUACGAUUAUGCUGACCUCCUGGGAGGUAUACCGGUACACGCGAGCUCCUCCGCUACCUUAUAAUAUAUUGUAAAAAUUUAAAUCCCCAAAAACCUUGUAGGCACAGCGACGUUCUACUUGUGCUUACCUUUGUGCUUUUUCGUUUGUCGUCCGGGCGCGCGGUUAUAUUUACUUAAGACCGCCGUCAUUGUAGUGUUGUUUUCACCGGUAAAACUAUUUUUGAUUUUGAACAAACUCUUUCGCGUUUAUACGCGCGAAGAGCGUAACCGUUUUUCCUCUCGGAUUUCCCGUUGAAAAUUCGUCGGCAUCUCGAUGCCGUUUCGUUCAAAGGGCGUAUACCGCUAAAAAUCGAAAAAUACGUUUUUGGUAUCAGAAGAAACGGAAACACCGGGAGCAUAAACCGGUAACGGGGCGUGUUUAAUUGAAGAAUACCGCGUUGUUGGUGUCGACUAAACAAUGUCCGGGCGCCGUUUCAAAAUCAAAUUGAAUCAACACGGAUUUGUUAAAAAGCCGUACGCCGUAUUCAACUCGUACACUCGUGCGCGAGGCGUUAUGCGUACGAGUAAUUGCGUUGAUUUCCCGCGAUCAACGGUAUUAAAAACUUUUGUUUCGCUGUUUAUUUUAAUUUUUUUUAAAAAAAAAAAAAAAAAAAAAAAAUGAAACUCGACGGACUCCCUUUUAAACGCCGAAACGCCGUCGACAUUACGCGGUAGCGGAUAGCGCGGUGUUCGGUACCUGCUACUCGGCGUUCGUUUUUCAUUAUUUUUUUUUUUUUUUCCAUUUUUUCGCCGUCGGGGUCCGGAUAACAAACCGAUUGUCUCGCGCGCGGUACCCCGCGCUACGUUGUCGCGCUUCCGGUCCGCGAUUGUCGAAACACGUCGCGCGCCGCGUACGCCAACGGUAUUUCGCCGUGCCCGCGUUUCCGAACCGUCGGCGCGUCAUUUUACUCUCGUCUCGCCGGAGCUCUUGCGCCGGAGCCCCGUCACCUGGGACCCCGCGGAACGUCUCCGUCACGCGCUCCCCGCCGUAGCGCAAUAACAAUCCGAUCGGUUCGGUUUGACGCGCCGGCGGCGUCACCGUACCCCGGACGGAUCGCGCCCUCCGAUUUCCGUUUGACCGCACGCGAUAACUAUUAUUGUUAAAUACUCGCGGCCCUAUCUCGUUUCCGUUAUCCGUCCGCGUGUGCUCGCGGAACGCGCGCGUCCGACGGGUUUACGGGCGGUCACACGGACAACGCCGAUCCGACGUCGCGGUCCCGAAUUUUCAAUGCGCGCGGCACGCGCGUUUCCGACAAUGCCCGAUAUUGUAAUAACACUAUACCGGUUUCCGAUACGUUUUCCGAUGAAAACGCGUUGUACGAGUAAUGAAUCGUUACGUUUCCUGUGAACCUAUUUCACAAACCCGGCAAGGUUUUAUAGGAAUUUUAUUUUCAAUUCCCAACGAACAUGUCUGCUGAGAUGCUGCGUUUUUCCGAUCGGAAAAAUGCACCGAACAAAAUUGUUUCUAUAUUGAUUCCCGACAGUUUUUCUAAGAAUGACAACGGUAGGUACAUCGGUUUUUCAUUUUUGCUGACAUUCGGCUUGCCUUAGGUGUGAGCGAUGACCGUCCAAUAUGCUUCAACAAUAUCCCAAAUGAUACUCUCUUUUCGGUUUUCGGUCGGAGCAAAACAUCCGGUAGAAAGCGGUUGUUCACGGAUAAAAAAAAAAAAAAAAAAAAAAAAACGCGUAAUAAUAGUAAAAUUGCACUCGGAAUCUGAAAUGAAAAUAACGAUCGUGUUUUUCUAUCCCGCGUUCAAUACAUAUAUUCUUAAUAUUUUUCAGCCUAAAGAAACGGUCGUGACCCGCUGGAGAGCCGAUCCUUGGGCCCGAGGAUCGUAUUCGUUCGUGGCUGUCGGCGCCUCGGGAUCGGAUUACGACUUGCUCGCGGCUCCCGUCUCGUGUUCCAGAAGCUCGCAGCCAGACAUGAAGGCGAACCCAACAGACGGGAGCGAACGACUCUACUUCGCGGGUAAGAUUUUCGAGGAUAAACACACGCGUACACACAUAAUACAUACACCUAAAAUAUUAUAAUUAACAUGUCAAAAGAAGAACGGCGGUCGUCUGGCUCAUCGCUUGCGACGUGUAUACCCGCCUACGUUUUACAAUACGCGUCUUAACGAGGCGUCUUUUUUCUCCUUUUUUUUUUCUCUCUCUCUCUUUUAACGUGGCCCGGCCCGAUUUGUUUGUGUCCACCCCGUAAAUCCGAUUCACCCGCAGCAGCAGCCCGACCACUAGCGUAUUUACUCUCGGGUCGAGACGAUGACGACGCGUUGACCGAUUACCCCAUCGAAAAGAGUCGUCACGAGCUGAUUUAUAUUUGUAACGACCGUAACGGAUUUGUAUAUCAUAAGUGAAGACGUGUGAACGUCGCGAGGGGUGUAUUUUUUAAAAUUUUUUUUUUCCAGCACAAUAUUCAUAUUUCCCGAGUGAAAUUAAUUUCGAUUCCGACCUAAACGACACACGUACUUAGUAUCACAAUACCGUGAUAAUAUAAUAGGUACCUUACCUGCAGUAUAAUAUAUAAUACUUGUCUGGGACGCGGUGUUUCGUCAUAUUUUUUUUUUAUUUUUUUUUCGGACGAACGGGCGAGACCUGUAAUUUUGUAUGCCUGUAUUAUAACACACGGUACCUGUCUGGACACGGUUUUUAUUAAACGGUUUUUUUUUUUAUUUUUUUUUUUUAUUUUUUCUAGGCGAGCACACCAUACGUAAUUAUCCGGCCACUGUUCACGGCGCUUUUCUCAGCGGUCUCCGCGAGGGCGGACGUAUUUGCGACAAGUUUCUGGGCUGUCCGUACGCGGCACCCAAAUCGGAAUGACGACGACCACGGUCACUGCAGCUCUAACAAUAAUGAUGACGAUUUGGACCCAUGCAUUUUUUUUUUACAUUUUAUUUUAUUAAUUUCUUUUUUUUUCAAACGAACAAAACGAUUUUUUUUCUUAUUAAAACCGUUUUGGGUGACGGGUAGUUUUUAAGUAAUAUCGGUUAAGUUUCACAACGGUGGAAAAGGCUUUACUCCGUGAAAUUAUACGCAAAAAACCCGUUAAGAUAUUAAUUCGAUAAAAAAAAAUACAAAUUUUCCGACUUUUAAAUUAUACUGUAUAGAAUGAUUUCAAUGUAUAAAACCCUUUCGCAAGUAAAUCUAUUUACUUUUAUUCGGUUUCUCUUUUUGUUUUUAAACAAUUUGUGUGUUCGUGAAUUUAUCUAUUUCGUUUACUCGAAUAGCUCCAAUUAAAUGUAUUAACUUUUCGCUACAUCAUCUUCGGAGUAAAACUUUACCCUGCGUGUUUUUUUUUUAACAUUUUCUUACAUUUCAAUUGUUUGUGGUACUUAGAUUAAUAUAAUAUUGCCAUAUUAUUGCCAUAUAAAUGUUAAGUUCCUACAUGCAAUUAACUCAACUUAAUUUUUUUUCUAUUUUCUUAAAUAAUUUUUUCAUCUUAUUUGCACUAUAUUAUUUUUGAUUAUUAUAAAAAUAUUAAUUUUGUUCGCACGUGUUUCAAUUUAUUCAUUUUUUUUUUUCAAAUAAAUAAACCUU